GUGCUUUGCACAUGCGGUCUCCUUUUUGAGCUGACUUGCCCUCUUGCUCUGUUCUUCCCGUCAAUUCGAGCGCUAAUGAUUUGUACGGCGGUGAGCUUUCACUUGGGGAAUUUGUUCUUGAUCACACUUAAUGGAGACCGCUUCCUCACUUGGAUCUGGAUGUUGCUCUUUGUGCUCGACUUCCCUGCGACACUGUUCAACAGGGCUGCGGAGUCUGCGCGUUCCCCCUCUGAGGAUGUGUUCCUCCUGGAAUCGCCCGACCUCAAAGCGGACAUUUCUGCCGGACGCCGAAGGCAUCUGCAGACUGUUUAUGGGCUUCUUGCUGCUGUGGUGGUGGCAACUUGGCUCGCUGUUGGCCUUGCGCGAUCUGCAAGCCUCCGGCACGCCAAUUGGCCUUUUGUCGGCCCCGACAUGUUCUCCCGGGUUGGCCGCUGGUCAUCACCAUCACCUUUUCGUGACGUCCUCCUGGACCAGAUCCGGACCAGGCGAAGAGCACGUGAGGCCCCUGCGCCGAAGCCAGCCCAGCCUGGGGCAGCGCUUGGCGGCACGGCAAAAGGUCCAGUCGGGCUUUCGGAGCUCAUUGGUGCCUUGGGCUGCUUGAUGAUCCGAUUUUGCGAGUGUACGGAUCUUGCAGAGCUUCGGGUAAGGGCGGCCCUUGCUUCCGUUUGUUUUGGAAGGCCGUCGAUUCCUGAGCGGACGGCUGCUCGUGAGCUUUCGGCUGCCCUCCUGGCUUGUGCGAAGGCUCGCAAUGCUGCAACCGAGGGUGCCCAAGCCGUUCAGCCAGCACAAGAGGCGUCUAAGCUGCGAGAACGCAUGGGCGAUCCCAAAGGAGCGGCCCUUGCUGCCUGUGAAGAGGCCAAGGCCUAUCACAGCAUGAAAGCUCAGGCGGCAACCCGAAAGGCAGCACUCAAUGCCGUGGCGUUGGCGAAGGAAGCUUGUGACAGCAAGACGGAGGCUCUUGCCUGGCAUUGCGCCUGUUUGGCUCACGCUGCAGCAGGGCAGAAGCUUGAUGCUAUCAAGGCUGGGAGGCAAGCGUUGACUCUGGCGCGGGAGGUCCGGGAUGUGGAGGUCAUUGGCACUGCCCUUCAGGCUUUGAUGCAGGCCAACGGUGAGGAGGAGAAGGCUGCUUCCGUUGCGGAGGAGGAGCUGAUGAUGGCAAAGAAGGUUGGAGACCGACGUCGUGAGGCUUAUGCACAACUGAAGAUGGCGCAGGCCAUGAUCGGUCAGGAUCGGCCUCGGGACGCCCUCCGGCGAGCUACCGAAGCUGCCGAGAGGUUGAAGGAGAUGGGCGACUUGAAGGGUGAAGCGAAGGCUACACAGCUUCUCGUCGAGCUUCAGUGCCAGGCCAGACGCGCAAUGGAGGCAUCACGCACCGCAAAAGAGGCGCAGCGUCUCUUCAAGGAAGCUGGUGACAUGAAGGGCUGCGUGGGCGUCCUGCAGAUCCUCACCAGCCUCCAUCUGGAGGCCGGGGACCCUCAUGCUGCAAUUCAGGCAGCCCGUGACCAGGUCAAGCUCUUCAGGGAGGCAGGAUUCAAGGAAGAGGAGGCCUCAGCAACGCUGGGUCUCGCAGAGAUGACGCAGCAGACCAUGGGACCACGGGAUGCCUUGCACUUGGGACUCAAAGCCAACACCAACGCCAUGCAGGCGGCGAAGCAAGCCGAGGAACUGGCCAGGAAGUCUGGGGAUGAAAAGGUGCUCAUCUCUGCGCUGCAGGCAGUGGGCGAGGCGUACUCGUCCGCCGACAGGUUCAAUGAGGGCAUCGAUGCCGCCAAGGAGGCUUUACAGAUGGUCGAGAAGGAUCCGGUAAAGGAAGAUGCGGCUCGCGCAGCCGCUCUAGCUUGCAUGGCAAAUGUGCAGCUGCAAGUCGCCCACUACGACGUGAACAACCCUGGAGCGCGGAUUCGACCGCGUGGGCUGAAGGAAGCCAUGAAGGCUGCUGAGGAAGCAUUGGAUUUGCAUCGGAAACUUGGUGACCGAAACGGCGAGAUCACUGGCAUCCAGCGCAUUUUCCAUGCUCACCUCCUCAGCCAAGACGGUCCGAACUCGCUUCGAUAUGCCAGAGAGUACAUGGAGCUCGCGCAGGCAACCGAGCAGAAGGAAAACCUGGGCAGUGCGUUGGUGUCCUUGUGUCAGGGCCACUUUCUUUGCCGAAAUUGGGACGAAGCAGAGAGGGCAAACUUGGAAGCCCGAGCAAUCUUUGAGAAGUCCCGCAUGCACGAAAAUAUCGAGGUGUGCGAUCAGAUCAUGCGGGAGAUUAAGCAAGAGAUGGAACGAGACAGGCGCCCGACGCAACCCAUGGGCCGAGCAAAUGCAGCCCAAGGGGCUGGACAAGGCUACAACUCUUUGCUGCCGGAGAGGCAGGCAUCGCGUGCCCAGCAAGACGGAGUUCCAUCGGGCGGCUUCCGCGGAGUCCCGGCAGGUGGUUUUGGCAGCAGUGAGUCUACACAGGCUUCUCCGAUGGGCUUCGUGGUGCCUUCAGCAAGAGUCAAGGCAGUCAAGGCUCAAGCGCGAGUGACAUGGCCAGGACCCCAAACGGCACCUCGGGGUACAGCAGCAACAGCAACAGCUACACUGCGACAAGCAAUGGCCUUGGAGGCCACUCGGCACCAAGUGCCAGCAGUGGCAGCAGAAGUGCCGGCUUUGGUGGGCGAUCGUCUGGUUAUGGUGAGUCCAGCGGCUCACGCUACAGCGGCAUGGGAGGUAGCAACUCUGGAUAUGGAGGCGCCAGAGGUGUCCCUGCCGGUGGCUUCGGCAAGUCCGGAGUGCCGGCAGGUGGUUUUGGCGCAAAUCAAGGUGUACCGGCAGCGGGAAGACCGGGUGUGCAGGCUGGUGGUUUUGGCGGGGCAGCGAGUGCCGCGAAUCAGCAGCCUCGGCCCGGCCGCUCGGCCUUCGCCGGUUUUGCUGGGCAGCGAGGCCUUGGCCGAGGCCCAGCCGGCUGGACAGAGCUGGGUCCGCGCGUCAGUACCUCAUGAGCCUCGUCGUCGACGAAAUUUGUUGACGGAAACUUUGAACACAGCUGUGAUGGCCGGCAGAAGCUCAGGAAUCCUCGGCCAGGCGCAAUCGGAGGAGGCCACUCACCAGCUACAAAGAUGGCUUUCACAGGAGGAUGCAGAACGAGAUGCAGCGAGAGCAGUCCUCCAGCGCCUGCACGCAACGGUGGAGGUUCACCGCCAGCGCCUUGUGUUGCUGCUUGCUCGACCUCCGGGCGGAGGAGAAGUGGCAAUCAGCCGCGCCAAAGAGGUGGUUCGAGACCUGGAAGCCGAGGCAUCCACGAUUGACUUAGCAGACGUCUCGCAGGGUGGAGUGCAUGGAGCUCUUCUGCCUUCAUCCAUUCGCGGCAACCACGCGGUGCUUUCGCAGUCUCUGAAGGAGACGCAGCGGCAGUGCGACAGUCUCAACCGUGAGAUG